AUGUCGGGGCGCGGGAAGCAGGGGGGCAAGGCCCGGGCCAAGGCGAAGUCGCGAUCGUCCCGCGCCGGUCUCCAGUUCCCCGUGGGCCGCGUGCAUCGCUUGCUGCGCAAGGGGAACUACGCUGAGCGUGUGGGGGCCGGUGCGCCCGUUUACCUGGCUGCUGUCAUGGAGUAUUUGACAGCUGAGAUUCUGGAGCUGGCAGGUAACGCUGCUCGGGACAACAAGAAGACGCGCAUCAUCCCUCGGCACCUCCAGCUCGCUGUGCGUAAUGAUGAGGAGCUCAACAAGCUGCUGGGGGGUGUCACCAUCGCCCAGGGUGGUGUCCUGCCCAAUAUCCAGGCUGUGUUGCUGCCCAAGAAAACAGAGAACCACAAGGCCAAGGGCAAGUGAAGCAGCAGUGAGUGGAUUUGUGAAGGAAUCCUGAGAUUUUUCUCUCUUCAAACCCAAAGGCUCUUUUAAGAGCCACCCACCAGGUCAGGAAAAGAGCUGGAAGAUCAGGGUGAGCUGUGUUUGGGGCCAGGGGUGCUGUGCUGAGGACCGGAAGCAUAUUUUAUUUAGCAGGUUCUGAAAUAAUACUCGCUGUUUGUACUAGGGGGAAUAAAUUGCUUUAGGAUUAAAGGAUUUGGGCCCUGCUGGGAUGCAGGUGAUGCCUAAACCUUCAUAAUAAAGGGUGAAUGGGGUCCUGGGGAAAAUACCCUAUGCUUCUCAGGCAUGGCCACUGUGUUCCUCUAUAUUGCACCCUUUUAAAUUGGCUUUAAAUUGAUUUACAAUGAGCAUCUCAGGGCUGUUAUCUUAAUUAACACUCCAUCAGGUGGAGUCUUCCCCUGUUCUGCUACCCACAGCAGGGGAGUCAGGCUGAGAGAGAGAUCUCAACCUCUGGUGAAUAAAGCAUUACCACUCCAAAACAUUAACAGAAGCCCUUAUUAAGGGCUCCCAGGGAAGCACCUCCUAUAAAUAAAGGCCCGAACACGUGGGUGGCCCCAAGGGGGGGGGCAUUGGGGUGAAAUUGGGGCCAGCCCCCCUCAUUUAGGGCUGGUGCAGCGGUCACUGCGGGGCUUUGUAAUGGCUCUGCUCGGGUGCACCUGCUCCAGCCCCCCGGACACUUAAGAUGGAGCAGCUCAGUUUGCGGCUGCGCCGCCGCUUCUCGUCUCCCUUCUUCUCUCUUGCCGUCCCCGCCUUCUGAAGGACGGGCGCCGGGACCCGGGGGAUGCGCGGACGCCGCUCGCACAGAGACGUUAUGCAAAUGACGGCUCCAUUUGACGCGCUUUCAUUGGCUGAAAGUGCACCACGCGGAGCAGUUCGUCGCGGAGCGUCGCCGACCACACCACUGAGCCGGCUCUAAAGCGUGCAUGCUGAUUGGCCCGCUGCGUAAUCCGUUGGACCAAUGGCCGUGCGCUGUUCGCAUCCCGCCGCGCGGCUGAAAUCUACCCGAAAGCUUUCCCUAAGGGCUCUUUCUUUAGGGCACCGCAUUUACAGACUGUGGCGAGUUACCAAAAGGCUAGAGCAGGGGAUAAAAGUAUAACUGCACUUAUAUAACCCCCCCAAACCACAUCCCAGUCUACCUCUUCAUAUUCUACUUUUUUUUGUUUUGUUUUAUUACCUGCACUGCAUACAUGCAAGGUCGCUAUGGGCCACUCUGGACCCCCAGCUCAUUGCCACAAAACAGUAGUGACUGUAAGCAAGGAAUAAACACAGUCGAAGCACAGCAGCUCAGAAUUACACUCCUCAGGAUGCAGGAAGAAUUCUCAUGUUUUCCAGGUAAAGAAUAAGGGCUGCAAACAGCAGCAUGACAGCUUCAUUCCCCAGCAAAACACAACACUAGAUUAUCCAUUAAUAAUGUUUUUUAGAUUGAUCUGUUGCACAUCCCCAAAAAAAUACUUUUUUAUAAGUAACGCUUUAUUUUAGCGCCUCAGAGAAGCUUCAUUAAAUUCUGACCUUAAGUAA